AUGAAGGUAGUGGAAGUGGUCAAGCACCAAGCUAUGCGGUUCGUCAAGAAGUGCACCACCCGGGAAGGGAUCUUUGGUGACUAUGACUACAAAUACUUGUUCGUGCCAGAGGUUCCAUUCUUCUCCAAAGAACACAAGACGCAACCGUUCUUCGGAGUUGACGCCGAUAUGCCCAUCUUCCUUGGGUUCAUUUUAGGGUUCCAACACGCCCUUUCGAUGUUGGCAGGGGUGGUGACUCCCCCCAUUCUUAUUGCCGGUGUCGCCAACUUGCUGCCGCAAAUCACACAGUACCUUGUCCUGGCAUCGCUUAUCAUCUCGGGUUUGUUGUCGAUGGUGCAAAUUACCAGAGUUAGGUUGUUCAAAGGUUACUAUAUGGGUACCGGUCUUUUGACUAUGGUGGGGACUUCUUUUGCCUCCAUCGCUGUUGUCACUAAGGCGUUCCCCAUGAUGUACGAGCUGGGAGACUGUCCCAUUGCUGCCGACGGCACCCAGUUGCCCUGUCCUGAUGGGUACGGUAAGAUAUUAGCCCUGGCUGUCAUCUGCUCCCUUCUUGAAAUUGCUCUCUCGUUCACUCCCGCUCGGAUUCUUCAACUGGUGUUCCCCAACAUUGUCACUGGUCCCGUGGUGUUGCUUAUCGGUACUCACUUGAUUGAAACAGGUAUGACCGACUGGCUUGGUGGGUCAGCGUGUCACGGUACUGACACUGUUUGUCACAUCGGGGGUCACGACAAGCCCUGGGGUCUGGCUCAAUACAUCGGGCUUGGUUUCCUUGUGUACGUCACCAUCUUGUUGUCUGAACGUUUUGGUUCCCCGAUCAUGAAGUCGUGUGCAGUUAUUAUCGGUUUGUUGAUUGGAUGUAUCGUCGCCGCCGCUGCGGACUACUUCGAUGGUCUGUCGAUUGGUCUUGCUCCUGCUGCCACUUUCGUCUGGGUACACACAUUCAAACUCGAGCUUUACGGGCCUGCCAUUUUGCCAUUCCUCGCAGUGAGACUUGUGCUCAUGAUGGAAGCCAUUGGUGACAUCACCGCCACUUCUGAUGUGCUGAGGCAGCCCACUGAAGGGUUGUUGUACGAGACCAGAAUUCAAGGUGGGCUUCUUGCCGAUGGUAUUAAUGGUAUCAUCUCGGGUCUCGGUACGGUUACCCCCACCUCGACUUUCGCUCAAAACAACGGUGUCAUCUCCGUUACGAAGUGUGCCAAUUUGACUGUUGGUUACUGGUGUGCUGGGUUCAUGUUGAUCAUGGGCGUUUUCUCCAAGUUCGCCGCCGCCAUUGUCACCAUCCCCAAGCCAGUCUUGGGGGGUAUGACCUCGUUCUUGUUCUGCUCAGUGGCCAUCGCUGGUGUCAAGAUUAUUUCUACUACUCCCUUCACUAGACGUGACCGUUUCCUUCUUACUGCUUCGGUCCUUCCUGGUAUGGGUGCCAUCUUGUUGCCCAACUGGUUCGAACAUGUGUUCACUUACAAGGGUUCCAACAACGCCCUUAAAGGUUUCUUCAAUGCCAUUGUGCUUGUGAUGCAAACUGGGUUUGCCAUCACUGGGUUCAUUGGUGUUAUUCUUAACCAAUUCUUGCCUCAAGUUGGCGACGAAGCUGAAGAAAUCGAGGAAGUUGUCCUUGAAACGGUGGGCUCGGCUGGUCAAGAUGGUCGCAACCUUUACGCUUCUAAGGAAAACGACAAAUUGCAAACCUUCAACCCCAAUCACACCCUGGUGGAAUACUUGGGCACCCAAUCAUCGAAUGAGCAUGAACGGUAA